AUGCAAGAUGACUCCUCCGAGGGAGGAAUCUCUCAUGUGCGGCACUUGCGCUACGCCUUGGCAUGCGUCAUGUCUCUCUUCCCCUCCGGAGACUCUCGCUUCCAAUCUACAGUGGGAGAAGGUGACUGUCUUCCGAUUGCAUCCAACGAUCUUGUCGCAGCCAUUCUCGCCUUUGAGGAUAGGCCCGUCACGGCACCAUGUGGGCACAAUUUCUGCAUGAAAUGCUUUGGGAAAUGGACUAUUGGUCAAGGCAAGCGUACUUGUGCAGAAUGCCGCAAAGUUAUUCCUCUCAGAAUGGUCAGAAACCCUUGGAUCAACUCUGCCCUUGUCUCUGCCAUUCGUUUGGCCAAAGGAUGGUCUAGUCAGCGGCAAGAACAUCAACAAAUGCAACAUCUUCCUCGAGAAAGCACAAGUCAGCAGCAGCAGAAGCAUCCACCUCUCAAGCUGCUCCUAAUGGCAAACCUGUGGAAGUUAAAGUUGAUGGAGAAAAACAGCAACCAUAGCGAUCGUUGA